AUCAAUAAUCCUAAGACUAUGAUCAUGAUCAAAUCAGUAUAUCAGGCUAACGAGUAUAAAUACAUCCUGUUCAUGUACGUCUAGAUGGAUUGAUGUAUACAUUUCAACAGAAACGUUUCAUGAUUGUAAGUGUGACUUUGAUUGAACGUGUCGAAUUGUCUGAUCAUUUGUCUUUAAGGAUUCUCAGACAAACACGUUGGUGAUUUUUCUCCAUCAUUAAAAAACUACUUCAUAGUAAUCUUAAUACAAUUGUGAAAGUAUAAUUUCAUAGUACUUAGGAGUCGAAUGUAUGGGAUGAAUUCAGUGAGUCAUUUAUGUUUGACAAUUUUUUAUUUAUUGUGAAGCUGUAGUGAACGAGAACACAUAGUGGAGACAAUCGAAUUUAUUUGAAUACGAAAUUACAGAACCUCUUAGUAUAAUCUGAGAACCAUACAAUGAGCACUUCAUUUGCAAAAUCUUAAUCAAUCGUCUCAAACUUCAUAGUUCCUUUAUUUCCACAACAAUGAUUCAUUGUUCUCAUUGUCUUUUCUUCGAUCUGCUUAACAUUCUACCGUCAGGUAUCUCACUUUCUUCUAGUGAUACAUAUUAUUUAUAUCUGUCGACAUCAGUAGCACACCACAAAAUCAUUCAUUCAAAUUUGAAUGAUGAUUGCUGUAAAACGCAUUCGGCAAACAUCGAAAUGGUGUUCGUUGUAAAUUUUAUGCGAAAUAUUGCAUGACAAUUUAGUACUGGUAUGAUAAUAUUAUCAAUGAGGCUAUCGAUUUAUUAAGCUGCGAUGAGUUGGUUCGUCGAAAUUAUGGAGUGCCGAAGGUUAUUCACAUUUGCGUAGUUUGCCGCUUUAGGUUCGUCGUCUGUCUCAUUAUUGGGUCGUAUAAAUUGUUGCUGUCAAAAUAUACAAACCACCGACCCUUGUAUACAAUCAUCGACUUAAAUCGCGUUUGUGAAUAACAGAAUUAAAAAUAAGUCACAUAUGAGAAUAGAUUACGAAAACAUGUAUUUCAUACAAUCGUUGACCUAGACAGACAAUCAGACGAACGUUGUGAAACGAAAUCAGAUGACAUGGAGUGUAAAAGGCAAGUGACUCAAUGCAUAUAAUCGAAAAAAUAAAUUACAGAUACGUGAUAAAUAGGAUAAGUAGUUACUUACAGACGUGCACAAAAAAAAACAGUCAGGGUUAAUAAGCCAAUAAUUAACAAAGUCAAAAUGUGGCUUGUGGAGAAUGAAGCAAGAAGGAAAAAAUAAAAUAACCUGUAUGGACUUGAUAACAGUAUCAACCAUUAUAACAAUGGAAAGUAAAUAUAUAGUAAUCGUUGCAAAAUGUUUGAAACAUUCACAACUUCAAUAGUUUUCUACAGAAUUGAUAUCGUAUACUACUCCAAACAACUCCGCCUGUAGCUCUUCGCAUACACAUGAACAAAUACAGGUAAAGACAGCCAGUGUAGCUGGGUCAUAAAAAUCUCGACAUCUGAGGGAAAACACGGAAUACAAUGGACAGCUCAGAAUCAGUGAGACAAUUUGGACUUCGCAGAUGACCUAGCCCUCCUAGCCCAUGCACACGAACAGAUGCAGAUAAAGACAGCCGUUGUAGCAGCAGUCUCUGCAUCAGUAGGCCCCAGCACACACAAGGAGAAAACCAAGGUCCUCAAAUUCAAAACGGAGAACAGCAAUCCAAUCAUUCUUGAUGGCGAAACUCUGGAAGAUGUAGAAUCCUUCACAUAUCUGGGAAGCAUCGUCGAUAGACAUGGAGGUUCAGAUGCAGACGUAAAGGCGAGGAUUGGCAAAGCAAGGGCCGCAUUCCUACAAUUGAAGAAUAUGUGGAACUCAAAACAACUGUCUGUCAACCAAUAUCAAAGUGAGAAUCUUCAAUACGAACGUCAAGGCAGUUCUACUGCAUGGAGCUGAAACUUGGAGAACUACUACAACCGUCAUCAAGAAUGUACAAGUAUUUAUAAAUGGUUGUCUACGCGAGAUACUCAACAUCCAUUGGCCAGAUACCAUCAGUAACAACCUUCUCUGGGAGGUAACGAACCCGCCUCCUGCUGAGGAGGAAAUUAGGAAAAGACGAUGGAAAUGGAUAGGACAUACAUUAUGGAAAUAAUCAAACUGUAUCACGAGGCAAGCGCUAACUUGGAAUCCUGAUGGGAAGCGGAAAAGUGGAAGGCCAAUGAACACAUUACGUCGACAAAUAAAAGCAGAUAUGAAAAGAAUGAAUGAAAACUGGAAAGAGCUGGAAAGGAUUUCCCAGGACAGGGUUGGUUAGAGAAUGCUGGUGAGCGGCCUAUACUCCUUCACGAGGAGUAACAGGCGUAAGUAAAUAAGUACUACUCCAAACAUUUAGCUUACAAUACACUCAUUAUUAGUAUUCUAGGUUACAAAAUACCAUAGAUGUAAGUUUAAACUUGAGUUUUCUACUUGCUUGUUGUAAUAAGCAACCAAAUGUGAAAACUUUGAAUGCUUUCAUCACAAAUUGACAUCAGCUAUAAUGAAUGAAUUUCGCGCCAAAAUUCUAGAUCUGUGAUCUUAAAUGUGAUUUGUUCAUCCAUAAAGUGAUAGUUUCACCAAAUUUUAUUUUGUUUAUUCCUUUCUUAACUGAAGAUCGAAAAAUAGGAAUGGUCACUAGUUUCAGGUAGUUAAUUUGAAGUACUGAACAUGUAUAGGUCAUUUCAGCUGGAGGGCAUAUUAUUUUUAGAAUAAAUUUCGAAACUCACUGGAAUUCAACGUAUAUAAUGAAUUUAACUGUAGGUCCUAGGUUGGAGUUUCGUGCAGGGGCUCGUGCAUGUGCACUUGUGAGAUGUUCCAUACCGGAAAGAAACGGUCUUCUCGUGCUUUCAGGCUUACGAUCGAUGUCUUACAGUAAUCUGUUCAAAAUUUCAAUGAGAUUUUCACGAAUUAUUUAGACAAAUGGGAAGAACUGAGGGAAGUGAAUUGACUUCACUGUUAAGUUAGUAAACUUUCUUGAAAAACAAGUCAAACAUUUAACAAAAAGAUUGAUAACGGUUAAUAGCGUAAUCGAAGACAAGCAAUUUUCCCUACUUGGAGCUUAAAAUGGAUGACUAAUACUGAUCAAUUCAUGAUUUCAUUGAAAUACAAGCGUUUCCGCAACCUCAAACUAUAACUUCAGAUAUUUCUCGAAGAGUAUAGUUGCUACCUAGCACUAAUCACUAUUAAACAAGUUUAAAUAUAGCUGUAUCAAAUAAAUACAAUCAUUCAUAAACCAUCAGUUACGUGGAUAAAUGUACGUAUGAUAUCGUAGAUUACAGCAUAUAUACAACUACAAUGCUUGAUGUGUCUGUUUUAAAGACACAAGUGUACAAUGUGAAUGAAUCUUGCAUGUAAAUAAACUUUACUUCACGUUCUGAAUACGUGAUUAAACUUAGUUUAAAAACUGUUAGUCCGGUGUAUGCUACUGAUUUCAACAGAUAUAGGUAGUAUAUAUCAUCAAUCUAAAGUGAAACGUCUGGCUUUAAUAGUUUAACAAGAUCAAAGAAAAGAGAAUGAAAACAAAGAAUAGUUG